UAAUCCGUUUUUUUGCUCAGUUUAGUCCGUUAUUCUCAUGCGUAGAGGCUACCGGCUGUUGAGACCGCAGAUUCAGCCUCUCUCCUGUGAGGACUCAACGCUUUGCCCUUUGAUCCAGCGACUAACAACGACCCUCUCCAGUUCAACACCUCCAGCGGACCGUUGGUGACCGAGUGUCCUCCUCUUGAAAACGGGGCUGAGAAUAGCAAGAAGAGGAAGCGAGCCAGCCUGCCUGCAGCAGGGUUAACUGAUGUACGCCAGCUGCCUCCUUCUUUCUGGCGUCAGUGUUCUAAACCAGUGAGCUGAACAUCUCUGCUGCCUCCUGUCGUCUUUAUCAUCCUGCCACCCUGUGCGUGAGGGUCCCAUUGAACAAGAACAAAUAAAAGAUCACGUCACAAAAGGGAUCCGUAACAUUGCCAUGGACUCCAAUUCAAUGACGAUGCCCAUGUCAGACCCCAACCCCUGGGCAACAGCCAUGAACAACUUGGGGAUGCCUCCAAUGGGCAUGACUGGACAACCAAUUAUGCCAGAUUUUGAUCCUAACCUUGGUAUGAUUCCUGGAAUUACACCCAUGAACCCAAUGAUUCCCGGCUUGGGUAUGGUACCCGCACCCCUCUCGCAGGACAUACCCGUCAUCAAAGAGAUCAUCCACUGCAAGAGCUGCACACUGUUCCCCCCCAACCCCAAUCUCCCCCCUCCGGCCACCAGAGACCGCCCUCCAGGGUGUAAGACUGUGUUUGUAGGUGGUCUGCCAGAGAACGCGACAGAGCAGCUCAUCAUGGAGGUCUUCGGACAGUGUGGCGACAUCACCGCUAUUCGCAAAAGCAAGAAAAACUUCUGCCACAUCCGAUUCGCCGAGGAAUUCACUGUAGACAAGGCACUCUUCUUGUCUGGUUACCGUAUCCGUUUGGGCUCCAGCACCGACAAGAAAGACACCGGCCGACUCCAUGUGGACUUCGCCCAGGCCAGAGAUGACCUCUACGAGUGGGAGUGUCGCCAGCGCAUGUUGGCCAGAGAGGAGCGGCACCGGCGCAAGAUGGAGGAGGAUCGCCUCCGGCCGCCCUCCCCUCCUCCCAUCGUCCACUACUCGGAGCAUGAGUGCAGCCAACUGGGCGAUAAAAUCAAAGACGACGGAAAAUUUGCCGAAGCGGUGCGUGUGCUCUUGACCUGGCUGGAGCGAGGUGAAGUCAAUCGCAGGAAUGCCAACAACUUUUACUCCAUGAUCCAGUCCUCCAACAGCCACAUCCGACGGCUGAUGAGCGAGAAGUCUCAGCAUGAGAAGGAGAUGGAGGAGGCCAAAGAAAAAUUCAAGACCGCCCUGGCUGGCAUACUGGCUCAAUUUGAACAGAUUGUGUCUGUAUUCCAAGCUGCUUCCAAACAAAAGGCAUGGGACCAUUUCUCCAAAGCUCAGCGCAAGAACCUGGACAUGUGGCGCAAACAAGCAGAGGAAAUUCGAAACAUGCACAAUGAGCAGCUGAUGGGGAUCAGGCGAGAGGAGGAGAUGGAGAUGUCUGACGAUGACAUGGAGGACACCCCUGACAGCAAGGAUUCCGAGGACUCAGGUGUAUCACAAGCAGAAGCCUUAAAGGAGGAGAACGACUCUCUGCGCUGCCAGCUGGACGCCUACAGGAACGAGGUGGAGCUCCUCAAACAGGAACAAGGGAAGAACCAGCCAAUGAGGAGUGAAGAGGACAACACACACUCACAGCAGCUCAGCUUCCUCCAGCAGGCACUGCAGGGCAUGCAGAAGCAACUGUUAAAAAUGAGAGAAGAAUUAAAACAGCGCGAGACGGACCUCGAGAAGAGUUUGGAGGACAAACAGCAGCUGACGAACCAGGUCCAGACUCUGAAAGAAGGACUCCAAAACCUGCAGAACACACAAAUAAUACAGCUGGAGAUGUCGACGCAAGACGACAGAGGCAGCGAGGAGAGCGCUAAUCAAACCAAUGAAGGAGCUGCGUCGACGGUGGUGUCCUGCAGUCAGGAGAAAGAAGGUCCCACAGAGAAGAGUCCACAGAGUCCUGUCCACUCGGAGAGAGAGGCGCUGCUAGUCGGGAUCAUCUCGACGUUCCUGCACGUCCACCCGUUCGGAGCCAGCAUCGAGUACAUCUGUUCCUACCUGCAGCGUUUGGACACGAAGAUUAACCCCGGCGAGGUGGAGGCUCUGCUGUCACGACUGCCCUGCACCUUCAGACAGGAGCUGACCGGCGUGGGCGCCAGUCUGGAGAAACGCUGGAACUUCUGCGGCUUUCAGGGCAUCAAGAGCACAUAAGACCUUACUGCUGACACUUCUGGGACGAGCAGACAAAGCAACACAGGGACGUUAUAUAAAAUGUGAAAGACAUAAAAACCCACAGAUAUCAAAGGGAGUGGGCUGAACCUGACUGUAACAAGGACACAGAAGACUGAGCACAAAUCUCAGAUCAGGAGGAAUGUUACAUGAGCAUUUCAGAGACUCUGUGUAGGUGGCACAGACGUACAGUACAAACGCGCCAUCGCCAUGGUUACAGGAAUGUUGACACCAAACCUCGGUGACAAAAUCCUCAUGAGCUUGAACUCUCAGUAUCUCAGUGUCUGCAAAAUAUUUUUAGACAUAAUGACUCUGACGGUGGCAGAAGAGCCGAUUCCUACAGUCACUGGAUUAUAAUGUAGUCGCCGUCUACGGGGGGGGGGGGGGGACUUUGUACUGUCUGAACCUGUGAUUGGCUCCAUGUGCUGUCAGUGUGGGCCAGGACUACAGGGCUAACAGGGAGGUUAUCAGGGUCUACGUGAACACUUCAAACCUCUGUACCCUUCAUCCUCCUCCUCCUCCUCUUCUCUCUGUUCCUGGUUUGUAAAAUAGAUCACAAAUGAAUAUAUUUCUUCAUUUUCUGUAAAGGCUGUUCAGAGUUGCAUAGAAUCAUUUGUUGUAAUACACUGUAAAUGCCUGGAUGAUAUUUUUGAUUAUAAAAGGACAUUUGAGUA